AUGGGCAUAUCAAACUACGAAAAAACGCAUAACGCGAUCAAUGGCUCACGAGUGGAGCUGCCAUGUGAUUUGGAGGUUUCUUUCACGAAAGCAACACUUUUAAAAAAACGUGCUUUUAAUCUUCUCUUCUCCCCGGUUACAACAAUGGACAGUGGUGUGUAUCGCUGUUCGAUUGUGGUGCAGGGAGAAACGCAUCUGAAAACGUAUAGGCUAAAUAUACUAGUUCCACCGAAAAUAACAAAGGCUCCAGCCCCUACACUUAAGGUGGUUGAGGGGGAUGGCUUACAGGUAUCAUGCUCCGCAGAGGGAAAUCCGACUCCUGUGGUCUCGUGGAUGAUGAAACUUGCUAAAGGAGGCAUCCGGAUUGUACCAGCGCAUUUCGAUACAGACGGAUUUGAAUAUGCCCGCGAUGUUCUCAAAGGGCUGGGUGCAAGUAUGAGACGAUUUUUACCUUUGGCACUGAUAAUUCCACCAAUGUCUUCUUAUGGUGCAAAUUAUAUGGCUCAAAAACAUGGUCUUUACAGUAUGCUUAUACACACAUUUUUUUCAGCAUUCGUUGAAAUGAAUGGCUACUUACAAAUUUCACAAAUCAACCGACAGAUGAGUGGAACCUUGGUUUGUCAAGCCGUUAAUGGAAUAGAGCCAAAAGCGAUACGUAAAAGCAAGCUUGAUAUUCGAUACAAGUUACUUUCCAAUUUCUUAGUUACCCCUGAGGUAAACGUUGUAAAUUCUCUGAUAAAGCAAUCCCUCGGAGGUGACACGGUUCUUCAAUGUCUUGUAAAUGCAAACCCAAUCGGAAACGUCGUUUGGACAUUUGGAAAAGCCAUGAUUCCGAUCAACGCACCGUCCUGCAGUGUUCCAACAAGUAAAACUGUUAAGUACUGCACUGAUUUUAUAAGAAAUUUAACUAAAUGGUUUACUUUAGUUGAAUUACGUCGAAAAAACGAGGAAAGAUGGUCGUCCAUUGUGUCGAAACUACAUAUUCUGAAGCUCACAGAACAAGAUUUUGGGGAAUACACAUGUGGAAUGGCAACAAUGAUGGGAAGACAUGCAGCAAGUACAAAAUUGGAGAGAUACGUUUCGGAAUCUGAGUACCCCAUGAAAUUACUCAACGACCGUCCAGAGACAACCUCGCCCGCUACACAGACAAGGCCCCUGGCCAUAGUUACACUGUUCGGAACCGUCUACUACGUACACAGCACUCCUGAAAUGUGA